AUGGACUCGCCUCUCGUCGCGCAGCUUUUCCGCCAGCUGUUCUCGCACCGAGCAUCGCAAUGUCUUGCCCGCGGAGGUCGUCCAACUCUCGCAGCUGCCCGCAUACCACACCACCAAAGGAGAGGGAAGGCCACACGAUUGGGGGAGGGGGAGACGAAGCGUGAGAGCAGAUGGACUCCAAGAAAGCAUGCAUUUCCGCAAGAGAGGACCGAGGAGUUUGAGAGAUAUCCAAUGGUUACGGCGGACAUGCUGCGGAGUAGAAGAGAACGCCCGCGGAGAGUCAAGAUGCUGUUGCGAGAUUUCAUAGAUGAUAGUCUAUAUAAUCCAAACUAUGGCUACUUCGCCAAGCAAGUAGUCAUCUUCUCACCGGGCGACCCAUUCGAGUUCAACGCCAUGAGCUCAGAGCAUGAGUUCUUCCAGCAAUUACGGCACCGCUACACAGCCUUCGAAGACGAACUCGACUACCAAGAACCAAAUGACUUACGCCAGCUCUGGCAUACUCCGACCGAACUCUUCUCGCCCUACUAUGGUGAAGCCAUCGCGCGGUACCUCGUCGAAGACUAUAAGUACAACUUCUACCCAUAUCACGAUUUGAAUAUAUACGAAAUGGGCGCGGGUAACGGAACCAUGAUGUUGAACAUUUUGGACUUCAUACGAGAUGUACAUCCAGAAGUGUACGAGCGGACAAAGUUCAAGAUUAUCGAAAUCUCCAGUCAGUUGGCCGACCUCCAACAAAAAGGUCUGGGCCACUCCGCAUACGCACGAGGUCACUCGGACAAAGUAGAGAUUGUGAAUCGCAGCAUCUUCGACUGGAAUGUCUACGUCUCUUCGCCUUGCUACUUCCUCGCGCUCGAAGUCUUCGACAACUUCGCUCAUGAUGCACUAAAGUACGACUUUGAAACCGGCAUGCCAUACCAAUCCCAAGUCGUCAUCGACCCCCGUGGCGAACUCUUCGAACACUAUUCACGCAACAUUGAUCCUCUUGCGGCCAAGUUCCUCAAGCGCAGACACGCUGCGUGUACGGCAUACCCGCAUCCGCUACAAGGCUCGCGAGUAAUGCAGAACUUGCGGAGUUUGGUACCGUUUCGCUCGAACUUGAGUACGCCAGAGUACAUACCGACAAAGCUCAUGCAGUUCUUCUAUACGAUGUACGAGAAGUUCCCAAACCACAAGUUGGUCAGCAGUGACUUUCACAAACUGGCUGAUUCGGUCGAGGGUAUCAAUGCGCCCGUGGUGCAGACGAGGUACAAGAGGCAGAUGAUUCCUGUCUCCACCCCUCUUGUCCACCAAGGUUACUUCGAUAUCCUCUUCCCCACUGACUUUGAAGUCAUGGAACCCAUGUAUACCGCCAUAACGGGACGCUUCGCCCGCACAUAUCUUCACGAAGACUUCAUGGCCGGUCGAGCAGACAUUGCAGAAACGACUACAAAGAACGGAGACAACCCGCUUCUGAGCUGGUACAAGAACGCAAGCGUCAUGAUCACCGUGUAG